AUGGACACGUCGUCAACCCUCGCGACGAGCGCCACCCCGACAAUUCCCGCCGAACAGCUUGCCGCACUUACAUCGCUGCUGUCGGGACUCACCGCUGCCGCUUCCGGCACUACCGCACCCGCCACGACAUCCGGCUCCAAUCGCAAUGCCUUCCCGAAGCAUGCGCGGUUGGACGGGCCGAAGACGUUCGCGAACUGGACACGCCAGCUUCGCCUGUGCCUAGCGGACGACAUCCGCUCCUACGUCCUCGACGGAAUCACCCCCGACGAUUGGACGCCUUCGCAACGCUCCGCCCGCGACGUCGUGGCACGCGAGAUCCUUGCAAACUCAAUCGACUCGGCCGAAGUCUCGGCAGUCCUCGACAAGAUCCCUACGGCCGACCUCACAGCGCCCAAGAUUUACUCGACGCUGAAAUCGCGAUACGCCCCUGAUGACGCCACUCGCACGCUCGAGCUCUUCUCGCGACUCUGGGGCUUCCGACCCAUGCCCGGAACGGUUGGCGAAUUUGACAGUUGGAUCAUGGACUUCAAGUCGGUCGCGCAAGAGAUCAUCGAUACGAAAACGACGAUCAACGACGUCCUUGCCACACUCCUCCUCGCGAUCGCCCACCCGUCACUCGAGAGCUUCAAGGCAACGUUCACCGACGAACAACGCACGCAACGAACUCUCCCUGACAUCGAUUCAGUGGCCGACCGUAUGCGAGUUCAACUCCGGUCAACGAACCUCUCCAACGAUCAAUCGGCCCUCCUUGCCUCGUCGUCGCCACGUUCUACCCGUACCAAGUGCCUCGCCUGUCGCAGCCCUUCUCACCGCGUCGCACAAUGCCCUACAAGGGCCCAGCAUCCACCGCCAGGCCCGUGUCGCUCCUGCAAGAAGAAGGACCACUGGUCUUUCGACUGCAAAAAGGCUCUUGAGGACGGGAAAACGCCCGACACCUCUGAUGCGCAACACCAUGUCGGAUGUCUCGCCACCGGUCUUCUCGCACAUCGUCGUCAGCUUCGCAACAACUCCUUCGUCGUCGACUCGGGUGCCACUUCGCACAUGGUCUCGGACAAGUCGCUGUUCACGGCCUAUCGCCACAUCGCUCCUACGAAGAUUGGUGGUAUUGCAGGGGGCAUCAACGCCGUCGGAACGGGAAACAUCGCCUUUGUUGCCGCCUCCGGUCACCCGAUCACGCUUACCGGCGUGCUGCACACCCCGGGCCUGUCUGUCAACCUCCUCUCGGUCUCUCGACUUUGCGACACCGACGAUGUCCGUGUCGCCUUCACGAAGCACGGCAUCCAUAUCGACAAGAACGGCAAUGCUAUCGCUGAAGGCGCAAGACUCGAGGAAGGGCUCUACUUGCUGGACGCUGAUCAUUCCAAAUGUCAGCAUCUCGCUCUCCUCUCUCGCUCACAGUCUUCCGUGCCCCUGCUGACCCUUCACCGCUGCCUCGGCCAUCUCGCACCGUCGUCCAUACAGAAGAUGGUUGCCGCUGGUUUGCUGGAAGGUCUCGGGGCCGGAUAUAGUGACGAAGAGGUAGAGAAGUUUGUCUGCAAUGCUUGCCUCAGUGCAAAGGGCCAUCGUCUUCCUUUUCCCGAUUCGGACUCGCACUCCUCAGAGAGACUCGGCCUCGUACACAGCGAUGUGCUUUCCUUUCCCGAGUCGUCCUUGACUGGCAAGCGUUACCUGGUCACGUUUCUUGACGACUUCUCGCGCAAACUGUGGGCAUACGCGAUCGGACACAAAAGCGAAGUCUUUGGCGUGUUCAAGACAUGGCUUGCCGAGGUCGAACUCGAGACGGAUGCAAAACUGAAGGUCCUCCGAACCGACAAUGGUGGCGAAUACUGUUCGAGAGCGUUCACGGAAUUCUGUAAGGCACGCGGCACACGUCGACAAUACUCUAUCCCUCGAACGCCUCAACAGAACGGUCGUGCCGAACGAGUCAAUCGUUCUAUCGUCGAAGGUGUCCUUGCCCUCCUUGCAGACGCCCACUUACCCAAAUCAUUCUGGGAGGAGGCAGCAGCUUAUUUCGUCUACUGCAAGAACCUGUGCGAACACUCGGCCCUGGACAAGGCAACACCGAACUUCGCCUGGCAGGGCGACCGCACCAACGCCUCGGCGCUUCACCCGUUCGGCUGCACGGCUUGGCUCACAGUCGCGCCUGAACUUCGCUCGAAACUCGACCCGAAAGCGGUUCGCGUUCUCUUCACCGGCUAUGACCUGGCUUCUAAAGCCUUCCGUUUCUACGACACGACGACCAAGAAGAUCAGUUUGGGCAGAAAUGCCAGGUUCCUCGACAACGAAUUUCCCGGGUUACGUAGCGACUCCACCGAGCAAGACGCCGACACGCACUUCGCCAGCGCUUGCCCGACCACCGAAUCCCAAGCCGUUGUCAAGACAUGGACCCCACUAGUAAGGUCGGCGCACAUGGACGUCUCAUCCUCUCUUGAUGACUCUGCCAUGAGCGCCGUUGACGUGGCCCCAGGGUACACUGGCGGAACCUUACUUAAUUCCACAGAUGCCGAAUCGUCCUCGUCACCGUCUCCUGAGCCGUCCUCGUCACCGUCGCCCGCAACUCCCUUGUCACCGUCGCCUGCGCUGUCACCGUCGUUGGCUGCGUCAUCGUCACCCUCGGCCUUACCGACCGACUCUGACUACUCCGCCGACCCUCUGGACCUCAUCGGCUCACAGACCCCGACUCGCCUCGGCCCACCGGACGUGCACCGCCCAGACUUCAGCACGUACCGUGAGCCCGCAUCGGCUGAGGAGUCGCCCGACGAACUCGACAUCAUUGGGCGCCACUCGCGCGAUGAAUCGCCGGACGAAAUCGAUUUCCUCACCCAACACCACCGCGCCUUCAUCGCCACCGACGACGACAACUCUGACACAGAAGCCAUUCAACCAGUCAAGUCCAUCACCAGCGACCCACAGACAUGGCGCGAGGCAAUGUCGAGUGACAAGCGCGAAGUGUGGGCCAAGGCCGCUACCGACGAGUUCAAUUCCAUGCGCGACGACUUCAAGGUCUUCACCAUCGAGGACCGAUCCACGGUACCAGCGGGUGCGACCAUCGUCACAUCCAAGUUCGUCUGGAAAACGAAACGGAAUGCACUCGGCGAAGUCACCGGCCACAAGGCACGGCUCGUGGCGCAGGGAAAUCGGCAACGCGACGGCAUCGACUUCAACGAAACCUUCGCACCAGUCGCACGCUUCUCCUCGAUACGCUCACUCCUCGCGCUGGCGGCCGCCAACGGCUUGCACGUGCACCAGGCGGACAUCGACAAAGCCUAUCUGCAUGGCGACCUUGACCAUGACAUCUGGAUGACGACACCGCGCGGCUUCGACCUUCCCACCGACAAGGUGCUUCGUCUGCGACGCUCCAUCUACGGACUCAAACAGGCUGGCCGAAUCUGGAAUCGACACAUCGACGCAUCGCUUCGAGAUCUCGGCUAUACGGCGACGGGCACCGACCACUGCGUGUACUCUCGGAUCGACGAUCGGCGACGCCCACACUACAUCGCGCUGUACGUCGACGACCUCCUGAUGAUCAGCCCCGACUUGGCCGAAAUUGAACGUGUCAUCUCGGGCCUCGAACAACGCUACGGCGUCAAGCGCCUCGGCCCGGCAGAGUACAUCCUCGGCAUCCAGAUCAGGCGACUCGAAGACGGUUCUAUUGCCCUGUCCCAGGAACGGUACAUCAUGGACGUGCUUGCUCGGUUCCACUUCGACACCACGACUCGCGGCACUACAGUCCCGAUGACCCCCGGCCUUUCGCUCACCGCCAUCCCGGGUCAAGGCACCGAACGGAUCAGGUCAUGGUAUCUGCAGGCUAUCGGCUCGCUCCUCUACAUUUCGCUCGGCACCCGCCCCGACAUCGCCUUCGCCGUGUCCUACCUGGCCCGCUUCGCCAACAACCCUGGACGUCGUCACUGGAUCGCGGUCAAGCACAUCCUCCGCUAUCUCCGGGCCACAUAUCGCGACGAACUGGUUUAUGCUUGCGGCGAGACACGCAUCACGGGCGUGGUUGGCUACUCCGACGCGAACUGGGGGGCCUGCGUCGAUACGUCGGUGUCCACUAUGGGCUACGUCUUCUACAUUGCCGGAUCCGCCGUGUCUUGGUCGUCCAAGCGUCAAUCUCGAGUUGCCGAUUCUACCACCGACGCUGAAUACCUCGCCCUCUCGCAUGCUGGCAAGGAAGGGAUCUACCUCAGUCAGCUGCUCGAGGAGCUCCAUGUCCAACCUGUUGCACCGGCUCACAUUUUUACUGACAAUGAAGCCGCUGCCGCAGUUGCCCACGACCCUGUCCGCGUCUCCGGCACUCGACACAUACGCUUGCGCGAGCACUUUGUUCGGGACAUGGUGAAUCGGGGCGAUAUCUCACUCUCGCAUGUGGGAACCAGCAACAUGGUGGCCGACAUCUUCACAAAGGCUCUUGGCCCAAAGAUUUUCUCGACACACUGCUACGCACUAGGCCUUCGCACUCGACACCCACGGCUUGGAUCUGCCUCGCAUUCGCGUGGGGGGGGGUGUGAAGAGUCCACUCUCAGCUCGACAGGGGCGCCUCGGUCGUUGCGCGCGCCUGCUAGCCUGGCCCCUGUGGUGGGGACUUAG